AUGGAUACGACGUAUACAAAUUAUAAUACAGAUGAUGUCAACCCUAAUCCUAAUGAAAUUAACCUUCAGUUUAGAUAUAAUGAUUUAAACUGCAGUUUACUGCUUAUGGAUACUUCAAGACAACAAAAUGUCAGUGGUAAAAAUACUUCUGGAACCGAUGGUUAUCAAUCUAUUCCAAGUUUUACAUUACCAAACGAUAUGUUGCCUACGCCCAAUGGUUCUGACCAUAAUGCUUGCUCAGAAUCAAUCAUUAUGUCUCCUUAUACCAUGUUGCCAGAAGGUACUUUUCGUGAAGAUGAGUCUUAUAUGCCCGGAUAUUUAUCAUCACCUCUAACUUCACCAACCCUACAACCCGAUCAAUCUAUCAUAAGACAAAAAUCAAACACUACUUACAACCAAAUACCUAAUAAUCAACACUAUUCACCAUUAAAUAAGCAAAAAGCUAUAAAUAAUUCCAUGACACAAAUACCGGGAAAAAAUUCUAGUUCUGAUAAUAACAACAGCAUCGAAAAUAGUAAUAACACAAAAAACAAUGUAAAUAAACUUCCAACUAUCAUGACAGGCUCUCCACCUAUGAUGCCCAAUGUGAGCAUGUCUUUAAAUGAUUUCGCUUCAUCGUUAUUGUCCACAAAUAUGCAAGAAACUAUGCCAAACUUAAAUCUUGGUAGUAAUCUUGUAUCUGAAGUAACCUCGACACAACCUUCAUCUACACAUCUUUCAAAUGGUUCGUCUUCUUCCUUAAAUGCGCCAAGAUCAAGGGUCGCAGCUUCUGGCUCGCAACGUAUGUUGGUAGUAUCACCAAAUGUGUCACCAAUAUCACCAGGAAUGAAUCCUGGGACAAUGUCACCAAUUAUUUUACCAUCUUCAGGAAGAAGAAUUGUUCAGCCCGUUUGUUCACCAUCGGCACUUAAUCCUUCAAAAAGUCCUCAAACUUUGAAACCCACAAUUAGUCCAAGUCUGAAGCCAAAGUUACCAGGUGUGUUAGUGGAUGAAGUGGCAGAAAAAUUAGCAAGUCAAUCAAAUUAUAAAAAUAUUUUAGAGGGAACGUCCAAAUCACUUGGUAUAUCUUAUUCUUCCGAUGUACACUCAAGUUUAGAGUCUCGACGUACGACACAUAAGGCAGCCGAACAAAAACGUAGAGAUUCAUUAAAACAAAGCUUUGAUGAAUUAAAAAAAGUAGUGCCAUUACAUUCCGUUACAAGCAAUAAUACUAAAGGAAAUAACAACAAAAAUAGUAAUGGAAAUGAUCGUAAUGUCACUAAAGUCAAAAGUUGUGACAGUAAUGGAUCAUUAAAGAAUGUUUCUAAACUACUUUUAUUAAAGCGAGCGCAUGAUCAUAUUGUUGAGCUUCAUCAACAGACAAAAGAAAAGGACGAGCUUAUUCAAAAACUAACGAAUGAACUUGAUGAACUUAAGAUCAAACUAUGUCCUAUUGGCAAGAAGAACCUCAAGAAAUGGAAGCAUACUGAUGUUAUAAAAUUUUUACAAGAAAAAGAAUAUUUUGGCUUCGAUGAGAGAAAAAUUUCAAGUCCACGUAGUAUCAAAGCAAAAUCCGAGGCCUCAACUGAAUCUGGCUCGCACACGCAACAACCAUUCUUGCCGUAUACUUUUUCAAAGAUGAGGGAUCUUUUUGAUUUGAAAACUGAUAGCUAUAACCAAUUACCACAAUUUAAGGGAGAAUCCCUACUUGUCAACAUUGCAAACGCGGCCACUCGUCGCGAACUUAUUUCACGCAUUAUUUAUGAUGUUGGAUCAAUAUAUAAUGGCAAUGUAAAGAUUUAUUCUCAGUACGAGGUCUCUGGAAGUCAUGGAAAGGGACCUAUCGAUUGGGUAAUUAAAGUAGAAGAUACUGUGACUGAGGCGAAAAAGGAAGAUAUUAACCCAGGCGUUGCCCAAAAGUGCUGUUCAUAUGACAAAAAACGUAAUCAUUAUGAGGCUGACUUAUACGAGGAUGUAAUAUAUUGCAUCGUCUCAACUGGUGAGGCUCGUAAAAUUAACCUUGAAAAUCGUAGUAGUGACGGGAACAGAAAUGGGAUCAGUGAGGAUGGAAAGGUUGAGAUUAAGGAGGUACAUGUAGAGGAAUUGUUUGCUGACAGAAUAUUCUAUCAGUUGAUAUUAAAUGAGGAAAAUGUAUUUAGUGGAUGA